AUGAUUGCACAAGGCAUUAGAGAGGAAAAGAUUCCUGGUACUCCUGAAGAUUAUGCUAAUCUCUUUGAGAAAUGCUGGUCUGCUGAACGAGAUCAACGUCCAGAACUUGAUGAAAUUUUAAAAUGCCUUGAUAA